UCUGAACCCCCAGACACCAGACAGAGGCUCCCUCUCUCCUGCCCAAAAAGACAUCCAGGAAGCGACACGGAGGACGAGGGCCACGGAGCAGAAGGAAGACAAGGGCGAGUAGGAAGCUGAAAGCGCAGGCGCGGGCACGGGCGUCGACAGAGUCGGAUGCACGAUAGCAAGACACAGCUGAGAGUGGUAAGACACGCAAUGGCGUCUGAAACCGUCUCACGUCUACCUACCCCACUACGGAAACGCCCCAUUGGGGUCAAUACCAUUCUUCUCGAACCACCCCUCCUUCCCGAGCUCCUUGGCGUACUUGCACGCCAUGUCGUAAGGCUCCCCGUAACAGUCUGACAGCUUCUUCCCGAUGUACCACAUGCAUGACUGGCAAUCUUCCCAGCACCAGUGGGCACCGUCCCUCCUAUGCGGGCGCCCUUUGCAGAGAUUGUAGCAGUUAGUCGACAUGUUGUGCUUGGCCAUCAAGUAGACGCUCCCGAUGCAGGUGGCGCACGGCGUGGAGACAGGGAAAUACGACUGGUAGCACGGCACAAACCCAGAAGUACCCGUCAUAUCCCAAGACCCACUAGCUUCGGCCCCCGUGUAGCACGACCCCGUCUUGAAAUCCCCCGCGCGCAUGGCUGGUGGCAGCUUCUUCUUCGCCUGCUUCAAGGCCAUAUCGUUGAGGAUCGUCAUUGCAUGGCCGCUCAGUAGCACAGCACAGUGCACCAGCGCCGACAUGACGAUCCUCAACGAUAUGGCCUUGAAGCAGGCGAAGAAGAAGUUGCCACCAGCCAUGCGCGCGGGGGAUUUCAAGACGGGGUCGUGCUACACGGGGGCCGAGGCUUCUGGGUCGUGGGACAUGACGGGUACUUCUGGGUUUGUGCCGUGCUACCAGUCGUACUUCCCCGUGUCCACGCCGUGCGCCACCUGCAUCGGGAGCGUCUACUUGAUGGCCAAGCACAACAUGUCGACUAAAUGCUACAAUCUCUGCAAAGGGCGCCCGCAUAGGCGGGACGGUGCCCACUGGUGCUGGGAAGAUUGCCAGUCAUGCAUGUGGUACAUCGGGAAGAAGCUGUCAGACUGUUACGGGGAGCCUUACGACAUGGCGUGCAAGUACGCCAAGGAGCUCGGGAAGGAGGGGUGGUUCGAGAAGAAUGGCAUUGACCCCAACGGGGCGUUUCCGUAGACGGUUUCAGACGUCGCCGCUUGCUUCAGCUGCGUGCUUCUAUCGAACUUCUGAAUCUGGUGGCCGCGCCCGCGCCCGCGCCCGCGCUUUCAGCCUCAUUAUUUUCGCCCUCGUUCUCCUUCUGCUCCUCGCCCUCCGCGUUUUCCUCCUCCUCCUCUCCUCCUAU